AUGGAUGAAAAGUUAUCAAACGAGUGGACAAUUUUAGCUGCAAAAGGAAUUUCUGUGUCAGCAACUGAAGAAGUUAAUGAAAUUCAAAACUUGGAUCUUACAAGUGAUGCCUCAGAUGAAAUAUUGAGUGAACAUCUGUUGAGAGAUUUGACAAGAGCUUAUAUUGGCAUAUUUGAUCAGGUAUACGCACCUACCUCUAAAAAGCAGACUGAUGAUAAAGUCGUUCAUGCCUCUGAAAAUACGGAAUUAAAAGAAUAUAUAUUGAAUUAUAUGUCAAUUACAGAACCAUUCUUGAUGAGUCUUUGUCACUUACUAACAUUUAAAGACUCGGUGACUUGUGUAAGGACAGCUCAAUUAUUUUCCAGGAUAUUACCUAGUUUAGUUGAACGUGAGAUAUUAAGAGAAUUUGUGGGUAAAGCUUUAUUAACGGCGGCACUUCAGGCUCUGCAUGACGGGUAUCAUAAGGAGGUGCAUCCUGUUAUCAUUUCACUGAUUACAGACAUAUAUAUCGAUUUGAGACCAGUCUCCCAUGUUCCAUAUGAAACUUUCGCACAGUUAUUAAAUAUGGAUCAUACACAGUUGCAGGAAUUUGAAACGUCGCUGGGUCAGGCAACUGAAAGCAAAUCACGUAAGAAUAUUGUCAAAAAAUUUCUCGAAGGAAUAACAGGACUUUCUACUGGCGAAUGGUUUAAAGUGCCAGAUACGUCGUCCACCGUAUCAACCAGAAGAGUAAUUUAUGGGAAUUAUGAAAAGCCUCAGCUUGGAUUGUUGGAUGUUGUCGGAGAUUCUGCUGAGGUUGGAAUAGAAAGAUGGUUUGAUUAA